UAGCAAUUAGGGCUAUACAAACAAUUGGCUCCACACUAUUUUAACGUACCAUAAGCACAUCCGCUACACAACAUAAGUUAUUAAAUAGAACAAAAACCAAUAAAUUCAAUAAUAAAAAUUUAAAUUCACUGCCUGUCAUGCCUGAUUCACCAACUACAGCUAGUUAUUUUAACAUAUUCAUAACAGGACAAAUAGAAGCUAUGGAAUUUCCUUUGGGCCCAAAUGCAGCGGAAGUAUUCUGCCGCUACGAAGUCGUUGCUGGGCCCGACUGGGAACUGAUAUCUGGGUCUCAAAAUGGGAUUUCGCAGACAGCAUCCAAUAAAAGUGGUUUCUUUAAGGAUAAAAUAGUUUUCAACUUUCCCUUAGAAUGGACAUUCAAGAGCACUACUCCAUUUGGUUGGCCGCAGUUAAUCAUCAGUAUAUAUGGCAAGACUCGUUGGGGUGCGGAAACAACGCUGGGCUACUGUCGCAUUAAUUUGCCGGUAUUUGGGUCGCAUACAGACGAUGCAAUAACUGCUCCCAUACUUAUCCCACGAAAUACCAAUAUGGUGUCGGAAUUGGCUAGUUGGAUCACAGGUCGUAAUCCCGAAUUGAAGGAUCCAAAAACGUUGUUAAGUAACGGAAAAUUAAAAGGUAUUUCAGCAGAGUCAUAUGGCGAGGUGAUCUUUAAACUCACUACUAUAUUAAGAGGUACGAAUCGGCUGGGAUAUGACUGGGGUUGAUUUGCAAAGUAGAUUAAUAAUGAGAUUUAAAUCAAAAUACUAUUUAGUAAGUCUUAUAAAUAUUGGUAUAUUUUUAUGAAGGUAGUGUUCGAGCUGAUAGCGCUUAAUAUAAUUAAUUAGCAGUCAA